AUGGUGUUCCUGCGACUUUCAAUCAAGGUCUUCCCGCGGGAGCAGCUGAGCUCGAGCUCAAGCUCCGGCUGGGGCAGGACCUUCCUCGGCGCGCGAAAGGCUACCAACGAUGACUCUAGCCAGGGAUCUGCAGUCUCAACGACGUUGAAGAAACCCGGUGUCUUCUUGCUUGUCCUUGAACACCCCGAAGAGGUUUCCCUUGGCGGACUUGCGGGCAUGAUCCAAGAACAUUGGGCAAAGCUCCACCCAGAGCUAGAACCGCUUUCAAUUAAGAAAAUCCUCGACGAUACGAAGGAGGACCUCGAUCUUUAUCCCGACCUGACUGUUGCCGAUGUCUGGGUUGACUAUGGAAAGGCUCGCACCGAUGGCCUUGACCAGCGUGGCUCCGUUCGCGUUCUUCAGAAGCCUACCGCCGCUGCCCCCGAGCGAUUCCCCUCUGUCGAUCAGGAUUGGGAUGCCGCUAUUGUUGCCUACGAGCGCAAGCGUGCCAUGAAGGAUAAAAAGCAAGCCAUGGAAACUCAAUUUCCUGCGAUUCAGGAAGAAGACGAGGAGAGCAGCGCCCAAUCGCCGCGUAGUCACUCUCGAUCUCUCUCUCAAUCUCAUGUUCAAUGGGAACAUUCGCCUGAAUCGCCUCAGCAUACCAAUAAUGACCCUCAUGUCUCAGCUCAGAAGUCACCAGUUGAGCACCGCCAUCGCGAUUUACCUGUUUCUUCUGUGGAAAUCUAUAAUCACAAUCACGUCACCGCUUCCCCACCAGCGAAGUUCACAGGCCCUACCAUUGCUGGGACGCCGCCUCUCAGGCGUGAAAGUGAGGAGCUCGGCGAGUCUCCAUCACCAGCCGAGCGACGAGCAUCCAGCGCCAGAUCCCAACCUACACCUGCAUCUGAAGCUGCCAGCUCACCGGAACCGCAGCCUCAGCCGCAAAAGCUCGUAAAGCUACCCAUUGCGAGUAGUACAGCUCAUCGGACAAUUACGCAAAUGCCCGAUGACGCUGAAUCUCCACCUAUGUCGUCUGCGCCAAACCCUCUCAUUCCCCACCAACCGACGCAAUCUACUGAGGAAGCUACUGCGAGCUCCAGCGACAUGGAGCAGGAGUCUGCUCCGCGUCGUAUCGUGAAAAUACCAUUCAAGCCGGGUAUGACAAAUGGAGUUAAGGGACAAGGACAUCUGGCGGCAGUGGCUCAGAUUGUAUCCCAACCCCCGCAGAAAAAGCAAGCAGAAACGGUAAUCGGGAUCUCCAGUGAGUCGUCGAGCGAGGAGGAAAGCGACAGUGAGGAUGAAGAGGUUGAAGCGGAGAAGAAGAACGCCGAGCAGGAUCAAAGGGAAACAGGAGACCAGACCGACUCUGAAUCUGAAUCUGAGUCUGAGUCUGAGUCUGAAUCAGACUCUGAUGCCAGCGAAGAGAAUGCGCCCAAGGAUGAGCCCAUCACUCCUCGAAUUGAUCUAGAGGGCGAUGUACAGAUGGCAGAGCCUAAAGUAACGAGGAGCUCCCGGUCCUCAGAACAGUCGGAUCUUUCGAUGUCGAAAACCAACGGUGCAACCCUUGAGACUCAAUCACGCAAGCGAAAGCAGGCCUCUGAAGAGCCCACGUCGGUUAAAGAAGCUCGCCAAGGACAGGCUCACCCCUCCACUCGGCCCCCAUCCACCCCUCCUCGGUCUGUGCCUGUGGUCGUUGUGCGCUCUGGACAGGCUCGACAGUCUAUGUCAAAGUCACCAGGUGCCCAAACGAGUCCAAUGCGCAGACGAAUCCGUGCACCUUCUUUCUCGAGCCCAGCCCGACAAGCUAGUGUUCGAGAGGAGAAUGAAGCACCCCCCAAGCCUCCUCAAUUUGGAAUUGGCCUGGGGAUCACACAGAGCCCUCCUAGCAAGCAACCCGUCAGGCUGGAUCCUUCGCAAGAAUCUGACGUAACGUCCACCCAGAAUUCUUUUGGCGGACCGCUUUUCCCAAGUAGCAACGUGACUGUUGCCGUUGGGCAUACUUUUACUUCUGUUAACAAACAGACCCCAGCAAUUGAGAGAACGAAAACGCUGCAAUCGGCUAUCCGUGCCAAGGAUUCCCCGGCAACGGAGAGGCGAUCUGUGUCUUUCGCCGAGGGAGAGAAUCUUGCUUCUAGCUUGGAUCCCGCUCCACGCUCCACCCCGCGCAAUACUGCGAUUAGCAAAUCCACUACCAAGGGUACUCCUUCGAGCGCCACCCCACGAAAGGCCACAUCCAAGGCCAAGGUCACUCAGCAGACGCCCACCGCUGUCAAAUCUACUCUGGGAACACGUUCGACCUCCACAUCUAGCAAAGCCACGCCUAAGACCAAGGUCAAUAAUCAAACAUCCAUAUCCACUUCCGAAGAUGCUCAGGCAACACCGUCCAGUUCUCAGGUGGUAUACCCGCCCGGCUUCGAUAUCGACCAGUUGACCCAGGAAGUUGAAGUCGAAAAGAAAGCGAAGGCAAAGGCCAAGGAGGACGAGAAAGCACGAAGGGACAAGGAAACCGUGGAGAGGGCCGAAAUCGAGCACAAGCUUCGGGAAAACUAUGAUCCCCAGCUUACGCUCAUUUUAACUGAGAUGCAGAAGAUCUUGCAGAGAUUGUCCAGCUCCAGGCUGGAAUACGCCAAGCGAAAGCCGCUCCGCGUCAGACUUGAAGCCUUGCGCGAAGAUCUGAAAGUCUGUGAACAAAGGGUGGAAGCACAAAAGUCCACCCCUCGGGAACCUGUCGCAAAAAAAUUAAAACCAACCCUUAAGGAGUUGCUGGACAGCAAAAAAAAGGAAAUGGAUGUUAAACUACGACCUGAGCCAAAGUCCGCCCCAGCUCCCCGCGGUGAUGUGUACGAAGUGCCCAGCUCCGGUGAGUCUGAGUCCGAGUCCGAGUCUGAGUCUGAGUCCGACUCCAGCAGUGAUGACAGCGACAGUGAGUCGGGCGACAUUAUGCCCGAUGGCCAGUCGGUCAAACUGCGCAAGCCCUGGUCUCAACGACCCAAUUAA